AUGCAUUUACAUAAUCAUCAGAAUCAGUUAGGACCCUAUCUCACAAAAUAUCGAUUUUUGCAAGCGUAUUGUUAUGAACAGUUUACAUUGUUGGUCAAAAUGCCAACAUCAUCAACCACGAAUUCCAAUUCGACAUCCACCACAGCACAUUUGAGUCAAAGUAAUUUGUUGAAUUUGGAAAAGAGAGAAGAAUUCAAGACAACAUUGAUUAAAUUGAAAGAUCAAGUGGCUGCCAUUUCACAAAAUUUACCGAAAGAAUGGUUUUAA